GCAGUCGGCCUUGAGAUCCGAUGGAUCCAUGCAGAAGAAAGGACACGUGCUCUAGCGCCAAUAGCUGGGGGGUGGUGGUGAGCCACUGGGACUGGGAGGUGGCCGUCGACUUCCCCAGCAAGACCCUCACCUGCACCGCCACUCUCGACAUACGCACUCUCACGGAUGGAGUUGGGAGUCUGGUAUAGCUAUAUGAGCUGUAGUUCAUUCACAGCUGAUGCAUUAAUAAAGCUGAACUUUCAGACCGGUUAUGCAGGAAAACCCGAAAACCCAUCUGUAGCAGCGAAGAAACCUGUUGUGACAACAAGUGUAGGUAUAGUGUGAGAGUGAGUGCAGGUGUUUCCCACGGCACAGAUACUAGACUGUGUGGGACUUGUGGUGAGUGAGGUGAGCAGCAGGGAGAGUGGGGAGAGCCUGGCCUACCAGGUGAAGCAGCUAGAUGGAGAGCUCACUCCUUGUCUCGACAUCUCCCUCCCAUCCACCUGCGCCAAAAAAGGUGCAGAGUUGGGUGUUAGGAUCAGCUACAAGACAGACCCAGCUCUGUGUGCUGCUGUCCAGUGGCUGGAGCCAUCGCAGACCAUGGGCAAGAAACAUCCCUACCUCUACACACAGUGUCAGGCUAUUCAUGCUCGUAGCAUGCUGCCGUGUCAAGACACUCCUUCUGUGAAGAGCACCUUCUCCGCCAAGGUAGCAGUUGCGUGUGAGUUGGUAGCUCUAAUGGGGGCAGAGAGACUGGGCAGUGAGCCACACGCCUCCAACCCUACCCUGACUGUAUUCAGCUUCAGACAGAAUGUUCCCAUUCCCUCCUACCUCGCUGCCCUUGUGGUGGGAGCUUUAGAGAGCAAGAGGAUUGGUCCACGCAGUCAUGUGUGGUGCGAGAAGGAGAUGGUGGAGAAGGCUGCCUGGGAGUUUGAGGAAACGGAGAAGAUGCUGAGUGCUGCGGAGGAGGUGGUGGGGGAGUACCUGUGGGGCCAGUAUGACAUUCUUGUUCUGCCUCCGUCUUUUGCCUACGGUGGCAUGGAGAACCCCUGCCUCACCUUCUUGUCUCCCUCUCUUCUGGCAGGAGAUAGAUCACUGGCAAAUGUGAUAGCCCAUGAGUUGUCUCACAGUUGGACUGGAAACCUAGUCACCAAUGAAAACUGGGAAGAGUUUUGGAUGAAUGAAGGGUUUACCACAUUCCUUGAGAGGAGGAUCGCUGCCAAAGUGUUCAAUGAGAAAGAGCGACAUCUUCAAGCCUCAGUUGGAUGGAACCAGAUGGAAGAUGCAAUACGAAGCUUUGAAAAGCAAGGAAAGGCACACUACACGCCUCUGGUCCCUGAGCUAAAAGGACUCCACCCUGAUGAUGUAUUCUCAUGCAUUCCCUACGAAAAGGGAUCUUCUUUCCUCUUCUUCCUUGAGACUCUCCUUGGAGGACCAGGUACGUUGGACGGAUUUCUAAAGGCAUACAUUGCCAAGUUUCGCUAUGGAACAGUUACUACUGAACAGUGGAAGCAAUUUCUCUUAGAGUAUUUCCAUAAGGAGGUGGUGAAGUUGUAUGUUUUAAGGCAAAAGCGUAUAGAAAUCUCCAUACAGGUUAGCAACGGGGUGUUGGAGGAAGUUGAGUGGGAAAAGUGGAUAAGGGAACCUGGAAUGCCACCUCUUAAACCAAUGUUUGAUACUACUCUAGCUGAUGCAAGCCUUGCACUAGCAGAAAAAUGGGCUGCUGUGCAGGAUAUUUCAUCAACCAGCCAGUUUUCCAGUGAUGACAUCACUAAUAUGAGCUCUCUUGCUCUCCAGUAUUUUCUAGAUGUACUCAAAACCAAGCCUCCUCUCUCAGUCCAAGUGCUGGAGGCCAUGGAAAAAACAUACUCCUUCAACAGAACUGAAAAUGCUGAAAUCAAAUACAGGUGGCUGCGGCUGUGUCUGAGAGGAAGAUGGAGUGCAUCCUAUCCACUAGUAAUUGAGCUGCUGUCGAAGCAAGGCAGGAUGAAGUACAUUGUCCCUUUAUACAGAGAGCUGUGUGAGUGUGGAGAAGAGGCAAAAGCAAUGGCUACAGCAACCUUUACUGCAAAUGAGCACUUCUAUCAAAUGAUGGCUGCCAAGAAGAUCAGUGACAUCUUGAAAAGCAGCGGUUGUUUCUAAAAACCUUUACUUCCCUGGACACUGUCCUUUUGUAAAUGAGUAAUUUUUGCAGCCCUUUGUCCAAAUCAUGGUGUAUAAUAAUUAUCAUGUGCCCUUUCGUGCUGCAAUCCUCUAACGGUACGAGACAUUUAUUAUUGAUGAGCAAAGCGAGCCAACCUAGUCAUGAAUGCGGAAUUUUUCCAUACAUCUAUACAUAAUUAUAGUUAUAUAAUUAUCUGUAACCGCGGACGGACCGACAUCACAUAUUGUAAUGCUUACGUGAUUCUAAAUACGCACGAAAACACACAUGAAAUAUUGAACUUCUUGCUUUGCUCGGCAAAAAUGUGUUAUAGUAUUCCAGG